CAUUAGACGUUAUCGUUUCGCAAGCUUUUUUCUUUUUCUUUGCGGGUUUCGAUAUCGCGUUGGUUCUGAUGUGCUUUAUUGCUCAUGAACUGGCAGUUAAUCCAAAUAUUCAGAAUCGUCUGCGCGAGGAAGUACAGCAGCGUCUUGCUGAAGGAAACAGUGAGAUCUCUUACGAGUCGCUGUCGAAGAUGACUUACAUGGAUAUGGUGAUUUCAGAGGCACUCAGAAAAUAUCCACCACAGAUUUUCAUAGAUAGACUUUGUACUAAAAAGUACGAACUGCCUCUAUCGCAACCAGGUUGCAAGAAUGUAAUUGUCGAACCUAACAAUAUAGUGCUGUUUCUUGUUUAUAGUAUACAUCACGAUCCGAAGUAUUUUCCGAAUCCGGAUAAAUUCGAUCCUGAAAGAUUCAGCGAAGAAAAAAAAGAUAUAUAACAUAUUAUCCUACGCUUAUCUACUAUUAAUUCGGUCUUGGGCCUAGAAAGUGUAUCGGCAAUCGGUUUGCUCUUAU